AAAUAUUAAAUAAAAAGACGCAGGAAAUUUAAAUUGAAUAGGCAGUUAAAGAACUUUAUGAAAAAAAUUAUAGUAUGAGUAUAAGCGCUGUAAAAGGAAUCUGGAAUACUAAAGAUUCAGCAUGAAAAUAAUUUUACAUAGAUUACUCCGAGGUCGUCUUUCUUUAAAAGUUUAUGUAUUUAUAAUUUCUUUCAUUGUAUUAUGUGGUUAUAUUUUACCACAUUAUAAAUUUUACCCGAUAGCUCCUGUAACUAUAGCUCCAGCAGUGAACAGUCAUUCAAGGGUCACUAAACACUUAUCAAAAUUAGUAACUCUUGUUUUUCGUCAGUUUGAGGAGUUUGAAAACGAUGUCGCCGAAAGUGUUGCAUCUUUUAUGGGAGCAUAUCCUAAUAUGCAAAUUUUGAUUUUAAACCAAAGUCCACAAUAUCCACCUUAUCAAUUUUCGACAUCAAACAAUACCUUACGUAAUGUGAAAAUAGUAUCGUUAGAUCUUAAACUCGAUUCUUCUCCUAACGAGUUAAAGCCUUUAUCUCACAUUUCUACUGAGUACGUGCUUUUUGUACCGGACUCGACACGUGUGACGCGUCGUGUACUUCAACAAUUACUAUUGGCUGCUACAAGCGCUCCAACUCAAGGCACAGCUGUAGGUGUUGGUGGUUCUCGAUUAGUUUGUCAGCAAGUGAAAUGGAACUUUGUAGAUUGGACCCUGCAGUACAGCAAAGAUUCUUCAGGAAAGAUAUGUGAUGCAGUGCAAGGACAGCAUGCCGUUAUAUUUAAGACUUCAAUAUUACACACACUCCCUGAUCCAUUUUUGUUUCCUUUUCCUGAAUCACUGUAUCUCCAGACUGCAGUGAGAAAAAUCAAAAUACAAAUAAUUGAUGGCAAAUUCAGUUCUGGUAGAAGUGUAUUAAAGACUCCUAUAUCGAAGCAGAAAGCAUCAAGACGGCAACGAGAAUAUAGAAUAGCACUAUAUAAACAGCUAGGUGUAAAAGCAGUUGUACGAGAUGAUGGCAGAGUUCAGUGGUAUGGUUGCAAAAGAGAAACUCAGCGAUGUUUUCCGCCUGUACAAGGUACACCAUCCUAUAUACUUUCUGGCCGAAAUAUUCCUCCUUGUUGUAGGAGAAAUAUACGCAGAACAGCAGCUCAUGUUCUAAGAGCACUAUUACAAGCCGGAGCUAGAUGUUGGCUUGAGACCACUUCACUACUUGGUGGUGUAGUACGGGGAGAUCUUUUACCUUGGGCGGAAUAUGCAGAAAUCGGUAUACACUCGGCUGACUUGCCAAGAGUUUCUUGGCUCCAACGUGGAGGUGCAGACAACGAUGGCUUUGUAUGGGAACGUGCGACAAAAGGACAUUACUAUAGAGUGGCUUAUUCGGCUACAAAUAGGGUUUAUGUUCUGAUUCUUCCCUUUACACCAAAGAAUGGUACUAUGUGGCCAGCUGACUGGGUAAUGGCUCAUCAGAGAGAGUUUCCUGAAAGACACUUGCACCCGCUUGCUCAGAUUCAGUUCGCAGGUCGACAGGCUCCGGCACCAAAUGAUGCACGCGCAUUUCUUGAUCUCAAAUUAGGUGCUAAUUCUCUGGAGAGAUGUCAGAAAAUUGGCCCUAAACUUAUUUAUCCCUAAUUUUGAUGGCAAAAUUUUGCUUUAAAACAAAGGUUUUUGCUUCGCAAUACUUGAUACCAAAAAUUUCCAAAUUGAGAUUUAUGCUUUCGAGCACGGUUAUUUACUAUGUGAUAUUAUUUAAGUUAGAAACAAGGAAACUCAUAGUACUAAUACAGUCGUUAUUUACUAGCCGCGUUACUCUGUAACACCAACACGAUGUGAAUAAUUUAUACUUUAAUAACUAAAUUUUGUCUGGUGUUGACACUCUGUAACCAAACAUUAUGACAUCAAGCAAUGGACGGUAAGGUUGCUGGUGGAGACAAGACGUAUAAUUAUAAAAUUAUACUAAAAAUAUACUUUAUAUAAACACAAAAUUGCAUUGAUGUGAUGACGUAUUUGUUUUCAUUAUGUUUUUAGUAUGAAGUAAUCGAAAAUCAAUUAUGUAAUAUUUUAUUUUUAUGAAAUUUUGGAAAUUAUUAAUAUGUCCUUUAGGUAACAUUAAAUUUAAGAUUUAAACAAUUGUGUUUUUCUGUGAAAUGUAGGAUUAUGUUUGUAAUUAUUUAUUAUUUAGAUAAUAUUAUUGUUCAAGGUUGUAAAGAUCUCUAUCUAGUCAAAGUUUAAAUUUAUAUUUAAGCCAUUUAAUGGUAAUGUUUUGUUUGUUAGAGUUUAAUAAUUUAAAAAUACCGCACAAUUAGGUCAUUAUAGACCUAUUGUUUAUGACAUAAUUGUGCGGUGAUAGGUAUCAACUAAAAUAGAAUCCAGUUGGUCAAUAUAGAUACCGGCAAACAUCUUGACGUCCUUGCGCCUGCGCAGAAAUGAUGUUUAGGUAUCACUGGGAGGUCGGCGGCGGGAGAUUGACGUGUCGAUCGCGUGAUUGGUAAAUCAGUUGACGUUUGUGUCCCGCGCUGCGCAAACUUUCCCCAUCUCCCUUGUUUAAUGCUCAAGAAGUUUGCUGGUAUCUGUACUAGGCAGAAAUGUCCACUGAUUUAAAAAAAAUCAGGUACAUCAGUAUUUUUAUUCGAUUCUGUAACCGUAAUAUAUUUACUAAUAGUUGUAUUUAUCGUAAAUUAUAAGUGACAAAGCGCUAGCAUUCAUGUACAAUCUCUUAUAUUCAUUCAAAAGAUCUUUUAAUUUAAUGUCAAAUGUUAAAAAUUUAUGUAUUAGCAUUUCAAUUUUUUUUACGUGUUGCAUUUGUUUUAUUUAAUUUUAUAGCAAGAAUAGGAAACUCAAGUCCGUUUUCACUAUCACCUCAUAUUUGUUUGUGGCAUUGUUGACAAUAAAUAGAAGGCUCUUUUAUUCAAUGGCAACCUGUAUAAGCAAUACUUUUGUGAUUUAAUAAUUCUAUAAAUAGCUUUAAAAUGCAUCGCUUAAUGGCUAAAAUAAAUAAAAUCAUAUUUUUGAUGUUUUAUUUUGUAUAUAAGUCAAUAUUAAAAACUAAAUAACAGUAAAACAUUAAUAAAUUCAAUCGUCUUCGAACUUCUCAUCGACUACUCCAGUUUGGAA